CUAGCUAGUACGUACAUAUAUAGCAUGAAAUAUAUAUACUAAAUUAAUUACCCAAAAAAAAAAAAACAUGAUGAAAAUUCUUACACACCCAUUAAAUUUUCCACUUACCCUUAUAUGUCAAAAUGAGGGAAAAAGUCAAUAUUGUCCCUCUCAGUAUACAUCUUUAAAUAAUGCAACUAUCAUUUUGGGUUGACUGAAGACUCAAAAAAAAAAAAAAGUGUGGCAAAAACGAACCACGAUCAGCCACUAUAUAAACAUGAAGGAAGUUCUUAUCAUUCUCAUAGCAAACCAUAACUCACAAACACAGCUUGUCUUCAAAUAUAUCUUUUCUUAUUACAAAUAUAUUCUUAAGAUUAUAUAUAUAUUUUUAGACAAUGUCUACUUCUACUUGUGUUUUUUCGGCUCGGUUAAUGUUUGUUCUUUUUCUAAUUGGAGCAGCUAAUGCACAGUUAUCUCCCAAUUUCUAUAGUACAACAUGCCCUAAUCUUCUUACCAUUAUUAGGACAGCUGUCAAUACCGCUGUCACAAACGACCCUCGUAUGGGCGCCUCUUUGCUUCGUCUCCAUUUCCACGAUUGCUUUGUGCAGGGAUGCGAUGGAUCAGUAUUACUGGAUGACGUAACAGGUUUCACGGGAGAAAAGACCGCUGCUCCGAACGCCAACUCACUGAGAGGGUUCGAUGUAAUCGACACCAUCAAAACCCAAGUCGAGGCUGCCUGCCCCGGCAUCGUUUCAUGCGCCGAUAUUCUCACCGUCGCUGCCCGUGACGGCACUGUUGCACGAAGCGGUCCUAGUUGGGCGCUUUCACUCGGAAGGAGAGACUCAACCACCGCGAGUUUGACCGGAGCAAACGGUCAACUACCCGGACCCGGAUCCAGUCUCAACAACCUUAUUACUUCAUUCUCCAACAAAGGUUUCACUACUCGGGAAAUGGUUGCCCUUUCUGGAUCGCACACAAUAGGAUUGGCAAGGUGCAGUACAUUCAGGAACAGAAUCUACAACGCAGCCAACAUAGAUCCCGCCUUUGCCACCACAAGGAGGGCGAAUUGUCCGCCAACCGGCGGAAACAACAACCUAGCGCCGCUCGACACCGUCAGCCCCACAACAUUCAACAACGAUUACUACACCAAUUUGGUGAAUCUGAGGGGUCUGCUCAAUUCCGACCAGGUACUGUUCAACAAUGGAACCACAGACGCGCAGGUGAGAGCGUACAGUACAAACUCCGCUUCUUUCUUCAACGACUUCGCCGCUGCUAUGGUUAAGAUGUCGAACCUCACCCCACUCACCGGCACCAAUGGCCAAAUCAGGAGAAACUGCAGACUUAGAAACUAAUUAACGACGUCGUUCGUUGGUGUUCUUCUUCUUCUUCUUCCGAUCCUCUUCUGGAAUUUUGUGUGUGUUCAAUAAUUUGCCGAGACAAGAUGAAUAAAAAUUGUUGUUCAAGUGUAAUUUAUUUUCAAUUGUAAUUUGUUCCUAAUAAGUGUUACAUUAUUCUGUAAUUGUGUCAUCAUUCGGUAAUUCAAUAAAGAAAUGGAAAUAUAUUUUGAUAUUGGGUGGUUAUAUCACCGGGUGCUAUUUUGGCGAACA